CCUCUGACAAUAUCGUGGACGUCUCGAUCGGUGACAGCCACCUCAAUAAUUCUCGGUCCAAUUUCAUUUCUGCGACCGAACGUAUGUCGCCUUGGCCCAGGUCGGAUGCUGACUAGCCAGACAUCGUGACCUAAACCGGCGUAAAUGCGCAUACCCAGGUGCUGCCUCUCAUACCAGUCCUCUUUCGGCGGCGCAUGAUACCCUCACUUUUUCUUCACGACAGACUGAAGAACAAACUUUUACAAGCCCGGUAUAAUCCAACAACUCUGUGCGACAAAUACUGUAUUUCUUGAGUUGCAACAAACCUUCAAUGAAUCGGGCCUCGCCACAACAAUUCACGACCCCAUCUCUCCUCUUUCUCAACCGCCGAAGACGACUGUCAGGACACAUUACACUUCGUCGGUCUUUCAUUCAGUGAUAAUUAUUUAAUAUCCGCAUCUCAUCAUGCCGCCCACAAACCCAUUCGUCGUGAACCAACUGCGACAUCUCAUAUACUAUAAUCUGGACAACAACCUCUUUAGAAACGCCCUUUUCCUAGCCGGCCGCUUACAUGCCUAUGAGCCUCGAUCUUCAGAAGCCGCAUAUCUGGUGGCGUUAUGCUACCUGGGACUCGGUCAGUUAAAAGCGGCGUUUGACUACAGCAGGAGCCCGGGAGCGCGGGGUACUCAUUUGGGAUGCUCCUACAUUUUUGCUCAAGCAUGUUUGGGUCUGGAACGUUAUGCAGAAGGAAUCGCUGCACUGGAGCGGAGCAGAGGUCUUUGGAGCGGUAGAAAUCAUUGGAACAAACACUCGGAGACCACUCGACGACCCCUCCCAGAUGCAGCAGCAGUGUAUUGCCUGCUUGGUAAAUUAUGGCAUGCGCAUCAUAAUGUAGAGAAGGCUGUCGAAUACUAUGUCGAGGCGCUGAAGUUAAAUCCCUUCAUGUGGGAUGCUUUUCUGGGUCUCUGUGAUACGGGAGCGAACAUACGUACUCCGAAUAUUUUCAAAAUGACACCCGAGAUGCUCGCGAUCCUCUCAGCUUCCUCACAUGACGAGCCACGGUCACUGGGGACUUUAGAAGAAUCACCGCCACCUUCAAAUGUCGGACCGCUGCAAUCGCAACAAAAUAAUGGCAACUCUGCCCCAAUGGCGUAUGAUCCUUUUAGCGCACCAACAAACGGUAUUAGUGGAGACGAGAAAGUCGGGUUUGGCUCAUCUAGCCUUGCCUCGAAUCUCUUCAGAAAGAUGAAUGGUGAGGCGCCAGUACACGUCGGAAUGGCUCCAUCAGUAGGCGGUGGAGGUGGAAUCAGCUUCGAGGGACUGGAGACACCCCCAAACAAUUCAAGCGCUGUCGAUGCAGCCUAUAUGGCUGCUGCUCCACCGAUGGAGCCCCCGCACGCGCCUUUGCGCCGAACACGGACGCUGCAAGGUCUGGGUUACGACUUGGGCGCGGACAUACCCCCAAGACUACGCAAGACGACAAAGUCGCGUACUCGCCUCGCGGGAGAUGCGGAUGAUAGUGAUCACCAGGUUACGACGAGGUCGUCUAGCACGGCCAGCGCGGCUGGAGAACGGAAGCGCACUGUGACGGGCCAGGCGAACCUUUCUUCUCAUCUCGCUGACCCUACUGCCGCUCCUCAACGCCGGAGUGUGCGACUCUUCAAUCAGAUUAGACCGACAAGUACCAAGGCCACGACAGCCAGUAAUGCAGGCAUUGGGCUUCGAGAGAGUAGAGACCUGCGAAGGGCCAAGGCCACCGGCGCCAAGGGCCGGUCAGCCACUGCAUCCAGUUUGGGCCGAGCCGUGAGUGGUAACCGCAAGCCUAUUGAGGGCAUUGAUCUUGAUGGGAAGGAGGCUCGAAUCGCAAGCUCAUCGUCAUCAGCGAGGCACGCAAGCAUCGAAGCCGCCAAGGAACAAGAAGCGCUCCAAUGGCUGUUGGAUGUCUUUUCCAAGUUGGGAGCGGCGUAUUUUGCUCUAACACGCUACCAGUGCCAAGAAGCGCUUCAAAUAUUCUGCACAUUGCCGCAGGCUCAGCGAGAAACGCCUUGGGUACUUGCGCAAAUGGGAAGAGCUUACUACGAGCAAGCCAAUUACGUGGAGGCGGAAAAGUACUUUAAGCGGAUAAAACUCAUUUCGCCCUCGAGGAUGGAGGAUAUGGAGGUAUAUUCUACAAUUCUUUGGCAUCUGAAAAACGACGUCGAAUUGGCAUUCCUCUCACACGAACUGCUCGACAUGGAUCGAUUAUCUCCACAAGCAUGGUGCGCUUUAGGAAACUCGUUUUCGCUCCAGCGCGAACACGACCAGGCGCUCAAAUGCUUCAAACGUGCAACGCAACUAGACCCCAAGUUCGCCUACGCAUUCACAUUACAAGGGCAUGAGCAUGUCGCGAAUGAAGAGUACGACAAGGCUCUAACAAGUUACCGCCAGGGAAUUUCGGCCGAUAGCCGGCAUUACAAUGCCUGGUAUGGUCUUGGAAAAGUCUACGAGAAGAUGGGCAAGUACGAAGUUGCGGAGAAGCAUUUCCGCACAGCGGCAGAGAUCAAUCCGACAAAUGCCGUACUAAUCUGCUGUAUCGGUGUGGUUCUUGAGAAGAUGAAGAAUCCAAAAGCGGCGCUAAUCCAAUACUCUCGCGCAUGCGACCUUGCUCCACGAUCAGCACUGUCGCGAUUCAAGAAGGCCCGCGUCUUGAUGACGCUGCAAGAGAACCAUAUGGCGCUUGCCGAACUUCGGCUGCUCAAAGACCUUGCCCCCGACGAGGCGAAUGUGCACUUCCUCUUGGGACGACUGUAUAAGAUGCUCCAUCAAAAGGCCAAUGCGAUUAAGCAUUUUACCACUGCCCUCAAUCUUGAUCCAAAGGCCGCACAAUAUAUCAAAGACGCAAUGGAGUCGCUCGAAGACGAAGAGGAUGAAGAAGAGGAGGACGAAGACGACAUGUCAUGAGACGAAGUGAGACGAAAUGGUCCCUAGGGCGAUGAAACGUGGCGUACGAGGGUAGCAUUAGCAUCAUGGCAGUUUCUUGCAUUAUUACUUGAGUAGCACAUAUGGGAGGCUAUCUCUGAUUUCUUCUUUUGACUCUAUACUCCCCUUUCGUCUUGCAUCCUUCUUCGCAUCAUUCAUAUGGACUACCACAUUCUUUGCGUAGGCUGGUCCUUCUUUUAUUUUCCUGCGUAGUAUUCUUCUUUGCCCUCCAGCCUUGCACUCUAUAUUAUCUUCUUUCUCGUGUUUGCCAAACUUUUUUCACCCUCCACCAUUUUAGCAUUGAAUAGUUUUUGCACGGUGUCGAGAUAUGGCGGGAUAGG